AUGUCAUCUAUGGUUGCAGGUACCUCAUCUUCAUGUUCUGCCACCUUCACCACAAUCAAAAACUCUCAUCUCACACCUUCCAAGACACUCACUCCUCCAUGCCAGAAAACUUCUUUGCUAGGACUCUCACUUCAUGAAGCCAAAAGGGGUGUUUCAGGAUCUUUCUAUAGUGACAACAAAAAUGGCUCUUCCUCCAUUGCUAGAAGGAGACUCGAGAUCACUGCAAAAACUGCUGGAGCUUCUAAGACAAUUGAGGCUGAAGUUGAUAAGCCACUUGGUCUCACUUUAGGCCAAAAGAAUGGUGGUGGUGUUGUCAUAACUGCAGUUGAAGGUGGGGGAAAUGCAGCAAGAGCAGGGUUAAAGUCAGGGGAUCAAGUUCUUUAUACCAGCAGUUUCUUUGGAGAUGAAUUAUGGCCAGCAGAUAAGCUUGGAUUCACUAAAACUGCAAUCCAAGCUAAGCCUGAUUCUGUCUACUUUGUUGUCAGCAGGGGUGCUGAUGUAGAUGUUAAAAGGCUUCCGAAGCGUCCUGCUCCUCCUCGCUUCGGGAGAAAAUUGACAGAAUCUCAAAAGGCUAGAGCUACUCAUAUUUGCCUUGACUGUGGAUACAUAUACUUCUUACCAAAAUCCUUUGAUGACCAGCCGGACACAUAUGGUUGUCCACAAUGUCAAGCGCCGAAAAAGAGGUUUGCUCCAUAUGAUGUUAACACCGGAAGAGCAGUCGGGGGUGGAGGGUUGCCUCCAAUUGGAGUUAUUAUUGGACUUGUGGCUGGUUUAGGUGGUGUUGGAGCAUUGCUUGUUUUUGGUCUUCAGUGA